AUGUUUCCCGAUCUACCAGAAGGAGGCCACACCGUGGUCUAUUCCACGGUCGACAGCCAUGAUGUUAAGCUCGAUUACUACCUCCCCCGCACCACCGGCAACCUCCCCGCAAUGAUCUACUAUCACGGUGGUGGCAUGUCCGCCGGAUCACGACGAGGACGCGGUCUCCCGCAAUGGAUGUACGACCACUGCCAAGAAAAGGGCUACAUCUUUAUCUCCGCAGACUAUCGUCUCUGCCACCCGAGCAACGCAAUUGACCAGAUCGACGACGCAAAGGCUCUAUUCAGCUACAUCGGAGGACCACAAUUCGCCAGCGAGCUGCCAGAGUCCGUAUCGCUUGACACAUCUCGCAUCGCCGUAACGGGUUUCUCCGCAGGCGCCUACUCUGCCCGCGCGGCUUGUCUUUACGCAACACCCAAGCCCGCGGCUCUUCUCAGCGUCUACGGAUUGGGUGGAAAUAUGCUUUUGGACCACUGGACACGCGCCCGGCCACCAACCUCGCUUGCCAAAUUCUUCGAUCUGAGCGCAGUUCCGGCCUUGUUGGCGGAUAAGACGGUCAUCAGCGAUGAUUUUGUCGAGGGAGGCAUGUCGAAGAGAUUUGCGCUUACCAUCGACUGGGAGAUCAAGGGCACUUUCUUGGAUGGUGUUUUUCAGAGAGAGGGUCUGGGAAAGCUGUUAGAUGCUGUGCCGGCUGAGAGGCGGUUUGAGGCUGUUCCUGAGGACUUGAAGCCUGGUAUGCUGCAGGAGUUUGUGAAGGAGGAUUAUCCGCCCUCGGUAUUUGUGCAUGGAAAGAGUGAUGAGGUUGUUUCUCCCGAUGAGAGUGUUUAUCAGCAUGAGCAGCUUGAGAAGUUGGGUGUCCCAUCACAGCUGUAUCUUGUGGAGAAUGGGCCCCAUGGCUUGGAAGGGGCGAUUAUGAGGAGAAAAAUGGCCGGAGUGCAGAUUCCUGGUGACGAUAAGGCGGUUGCGGACUCGAUGGAAGCUUAUGGAAAAGCUAUGGUUUUCAUCGACGGUAUUUUCAAUUCAGUUUAG